AUGGUUAAGGAAAUGAGUAGCAGAAUGAACUUAUUUGUCGCUGGUUUAGGUCGUGCUUCAAGCAAAGAGGUCAGAGCUGCAAUGAUGAUAGACGGCAUGGAUAUAUCCUUGUUGAUAGUAUAUGUACAGCAAGUUGAAGACGAAAAGCUGAGGGAAAGAGAAGAGUACAGGAAAAAGAAAGCCAAGACUAGGAAUGAGUUUGGUCAGGUUGCUUCAAGUGUUGGUCAAGAGGUUCAUUUCAUGAAACAGUGCCCUAAGAAUAAGCAAGGUGGUGGAAAUCCGGGCAAUAGAGCCCAAUAUUCAUCAUCUGUUCCACUAGAAAGGGUUGCACCUAGAGGAGCUACUUCCGACAAUGGUGGAGGAGCAAAUCGCCUUUAUGCAAUCACUAGCCGCUAA